UGUAGUCAUGAUCCUGUUGCUAACCAUGCCACAAAACUCAAAGUCAUCAUCAUCAUCACUGAAUGUCAUCCUGUAUUCAGUGAAAAUAGAAAAAGAACGGAAAGUCGUCAAGACCUCCAACUGAAGACAUGACUGAAAAAACAAACAAUUUCCCCCCACUUCCAAAGUUUAUUCCUUUGAAACCUUGCUUCUAUCAAAAUUUUGAGGAAGAGAUCCCACCAGACUACUGUCAUCUUGUCAAGCGAAUUUACCAUUUAUGGAUCUUUUACAGCAUUACCCUAGCAGUGAAUUUAAUAGGCUGCUUAGCUUGGCUGAUAGCAGGAGGUAAUGCUAUCAAUUUUGGCCUCGCAAUACUUUGGCUAGUUCUUUUCAGCCCCUGUUCAUACGUCUGCUGGCUUCGUCCAAUUUAUAAAGCAUUUAGAUCUGACAGCUCUUUUAACUUCAUGGCGUUUUUCUUCGUUUUUGCUGCCCAGGUUGUUUUGGCAGCUUUACAAGCAAUCGGAUUCAAAGGAUGGGGAGCCUGUGGAUGGAUAGCUGCCAUAAGUUUCUUCUCAGUUAAUGUUGGUGCUGGAGUGGUAAUGCUUUUCCCUGCAAUCAUGUUCACUGCGGUAGCGAUUCUUAGUGCACUUAUUAUUUUCCGUGUACACAGAAUUUACCGGAGUGGUGGUGGAAGCUUUCAGAAGGCCCAAGAAGAAUGGAGUGCUGGCACAUGGCAGAAUCCACCACCAAAGCAAUUAGCAUUUCAAACUGUUACUGGUAAUACUCUACCCCAAUAUCCCACAGUGCCAAGAUACCCCUGUGGUGAUGAGUGGUCUUAGGGUAUGAACCUUAAAAAGAAAAGUACUUUAUGUAGCUUUUGUGAUACCAUUUUACAUUAAAUCUCAAAUUAACAUUUCUUAACAGAAAGUGUAAAUAUUUGGUAUUAUGCUACAUACUGAAAAUUUAAGCAUCUUUCCUUGGAACUUGCACUACAAAAGCCUUAAAAUCAUGAGUAGUGGCAUUGGAAAAUGCCAUUUUGCCUAUUUGUAUUAUGUAUAUGUAAUUUUUUAUUCUGGGACUGAGAUUUGUAAUCAGGACUAUAUGCUGUCCAAUUGGACUUCAAAAAGACAUCAUAUUUGGAUGUGAAUACUCCCAAAAUUUGUUUGACUUUUAAAAGUUGAAGUAUAUUGUUCUAUUUUUAAUUUUAUCAUGACCUAGAGUUAGACUGCUUUGCCUACUCUCCCCAGUAAAAUCUGACCAAAUUAUAGAGCAGUCGAGCUGGAGAAGUGAAAAAUACAGCAGGUAUUCAGUGUCAUUAAAAACAAAAAAUGCUGGAAAUAUUUGUGUUGGGCAGGACAUAUCUGAAGGUGAACAAUUAAUAUUUCAGGUUGACGUUGUUUUGUCAUGCAAUAGGUCAUCAACCUCUCUCCAUAGUUGCUGCCUGAUGAACCGAGUUUACAGAAUUUUCUGUUUAUAUUUUGGAUUUCCAGCAAUGCAGUAUUUUGCGAUUGUAUAUGUGUUGAUGUCAUUUCCCAGAAAUCCACUGAAGGUACUAAAGUUUUGUUUUUGAUCACAGUUAAUUUCUUCAAUUUGUUUUUUUUUAAAGAAAUUGUUUAUGGACCACAAAUCAUCUGUUUUGCUAUUUGCCCUCAAAAAGAGAUGCCAAAAUUGUUAUCACUAACUUCAAAUUGAUAGACAGGUGCAAUUUUGGCAUUCUGCCUUAGGUUCCUGAAGAAGGGCUUAUGCCCGAAAUGUCGAUUCUCCUCCUUUGCUGCCUGACCUGCUGCGCUUUUCCAGCAACACAUUUUUCAGCUUAGGUUCUGAAUCCUUUGCAACUUCUAUUGAAUCACUUCUCACAUCUAAUGUUUUUUUUUCUAUAAUGGAACUUCAUUUACAGAUUACCUUGCCAAUUAGUAAAGUCCCUGCUCAUUUAUUUUAAUAUGUGCAAGUUCCAAAAACAUUACCGCCAUUGUUUUAAUACAAGUACACAAUUAUACAUGUAUAUAUUCGUUAAACAAAAAUUGUUUGAAUGUGCUUUUGCUCAGGACAGGUGCUGUGGGAGGCAACAUGCAGUUAGCCAAGAAUUUGAACCAUUUAUAAGAUGACUUAUGGAUGAACUUAAUUAUAUGUAAUGAACAUUAUUGCAAAUACUAGUUUAAGAUUGUUGAGGGGGGGGUU